GCAGGACAUAGAGGCUUGUGUCAGGACCACUGCUCAUGCGCGACUAGGUUUUGGGGACGCUGCAGGCUACUGGCACAACUGCGCAGCGCCGCAGCAUGGGCAAGAAAACAGCGCGCGGACGCGGCCACCAGGGCGGCCGCAAGCCACCGAAGGGCGCGCGCCGGUUCAAGGGCGGCCGCGUCGCGCCGCGCGCCGAGCAGCUGCACUUCCCCGACGACGUGCAGGCCGUCGUCUGCGAACUCCUGUGCGAUCUGCGCCUGCCGACGACGACGGACAUGCUGGCGCGACGGAAGCUGGAGAAGUAUAAGAAGGAGCCGCGCAAGGUCCUCAAAGCGCUCGAGGCGCGGCGCCGCGGCGCGUGUCAGGAGGCAUUCGGCGUCGCGCCGCCAACGCCGCCGCCGGUAAGGAAGGAGGGCCGCGUGCGGCUCAAUUUGGCGGCGGAGACCGUGAACUGCAAGAGCGGCAAGCGCUCGCGCGGCGCGGCGCGGUUGCUGGUCGUCGACCGCGCCGACGACGUGACAAAACUUUUGGCCAAGGCCAAGACGCUCCUGAAGACGAAGAGGGCGCCGCGCGUCGCGUACGUCGCGGACACGGGUCUGGAGCUGCGCGACACGCGCGGCGUCGAGGACGGGACCCUCGUCUGCGUCUCCGACGACGCGCCGGCCCCGGAGCCCCCGAAGGCUCCGGAGCAGGCCCUCGAGCUCGGCUCGCCGGCGGCCUGGGACGGCCUCGCGUUGACGGCGACGACGCCGCGCGAGGGGGCCGUCGCUCCGUCGCGCGAGGAGGCCGUCGCUCCGCCGCGCGAGGAGGCCGUCGCUCCGUUGCCGUCGCCGGCGGAAAACCGCGGCGCGGCGCCCGUGCGGAUCGACGCCGGCAGGAAGGCGGCCAUGGACGCGAUCCGCGAGCGCCUGCCGGCGCACGCGUUCCGCGCCCGGAUCCUCGACGCCGUCCGCGCGAACCGCGUCGUCGUCGUCGCCGGCGCGACGGGCUGCGGCAAGUCGACGCAGAUCCCGCAGUUUCUGCUGGAGGAUGCCGCGGCGCGCGUCGUCGUCACGCAGCCGCGGCGCGUCGCCGCCGUGUCGCUGGCGGAGCGCGUCCACGGCGAACGCGCCGAGCGGGUGGCGCUGGGCGAGGGCUCCGUGGGCUAUAGCGUUCGCUUGGACGUGCGGCGGUCCGCGGCGACGCGGCUGGAGUUCGUGACGGUGGGCGUGUUGUUGAGGCGGCUCCAGCGGCCCGACGGCCUGGCCGACGUGACGCACGUCGUCGUCGACGAGGCCCACGAGCGGGACGUGCUGACGGACUUUUUGCUGGUGGCCCUCAAGACGAAGACGCUGCCCACGACGAGCGUGAAGCUCCUGGUCAUGUCCGCGACGCUGGACGCGGGCCUCUUCGCGUCGUACUUCGGCGGCGCCGCGGCGGUGGAAAUCCCGGGCCGGCUGCACCCCGUCCAGCACCGCUUCGCCGACGCCUGCGCGCGGCGCGUCGCCGAGGCGGCGACGGGCUCGCGGCGCGCGCGGGACGCCUGGCGGCGCCUCGGCGCCGCGAGGCUCCCGGCCGCGGGCGACGACGGCCUCACGCCGCUCGUCGACGGGCCGCUGGACGUCGACGCCGUCGCGGCGCUCGUCGCGGCCAUCCACGAGACCGACGCCGACGCGUCGAACGCCAUUCUAUGUUUCGUGCCCGGCGCGGCCGAGGUCGACAAGCUGUGCCGGGCCGUGGCGCGCGACCUGCGGCGUGCGACGGUCGUGCCCUUGCACGGGUCUCUGCCGCCGCGGGACCAGCGGCGCGCGUUCCAGCGGCCGCCGAAGGACUCGCGGAAGGUCGUCGUCAGCACGAACGUCGCCGAGACGUCCAUCACCAUCGACGACGUCGUGCACGUCGUGGACACGGGCCGAGCGAGAGAAAUUCGGUACAACGCGGCGUCGGGCGUCGCGUCGCUGAGCGAGGUGCGCGUGGCCCGGGCGGCGACGACGCAGCGGGCGGGCCGGGCGGGGAGGGUGAAGCCGGGCACGUGCUGGCACGCGUACCCCGAGGCCGACCUGGGCGUGCUGCCGGCGCACGCAGCGCCGGAGAUGCUCCGGACGCCGCUGCAGGACCUCGUGCUGCAGGUCCUGAAGCUGGGGCUCGGCGGGCCGCGGCAAUUUCUUGGGGCGGCGCCCCAGCCCCCGCCGACGCGAGCGGUCGACGCGGCCCUCGACGACCUGCUGGCCAUCGGGUGCGUCGCGCGCGUAGGCGGCGAGGAGGUUGCCGACGACGACGACGAGUCGUCGAGCGACGACGACGAGAACCCGCACGGCGACGACGGCGAGCUCUUCUCGUUCAGCAGCGCCAUGCUCGCGGAGAGUAGCCACGACGAGGAAGACGACGAGGAGGACGCGCCGAUCGAGGACGACCGGUGGCUCCUCACGCCGCUGGGCGAGCACGUCGCGUCGCUGCCGGUGGACUGCCGCGUCGGCAAGCUGCUGAUCUACGGCUGCGUGUUCGGCUGCGCGGACGCCUGCCUGACGGCCGCGGCGGGCAUGUCGCUCGCGCGGGGCCUGUGGCGCGCGCCGCCGCAACUACGAAGGGAGGCGUCGCUCGCCAAGAAGCGGCUCGCCCAGGGCGACGGCUCGGACCUGCUGGCCGCGGUGCGCGCGCACGAGGCGGCGUCCGCGCUGGACGCCGAGGCGCGGCGGCGGUUUUGUCGAGACCACUUCGUGGACGAGCGGGCUCUCCAAGAGCUGGGCGGGCUGCGGCGCCAGUUCCGGUCUCAUCUCGUGGACGCGGGGCUCCUCGACGCGGACGCUCCGCGACGGCCGCUGGCGGACGCGCUCGCGCUCGUGAGGGGCUUGUUGGUGGCCGGCCUCAACCCCCACGUCGCGCGCAAGGACCGCGAGGCCCCGGACGCGUCGCUGCGGUGCAAGGGCAACCAGCGCUGGUGGGUCCACCCGCAGUCCGUCAACUUCGAACUCCUGGGCGGGCGGGGCGACGCGCGGAAGCCGCGGUACGUCGUCUACAACGCCCGGCUGAAGACGUCGAAGCCCUACCUCCUGGACACGUCGCUCGCGUCGCCGGCGGCGCUCUGCCUCUUCGGUGGGUCGUUGCGACGGACGCUCAAGGGGACGUACCUCGUCCUCGACGGCUGGCUGCCCUUCAAGGCGACGGACCACGCGCAGCUUGCUUUAUUGGCGCUGCGGCGCGAGGUCGACGCGCUCGUGCUCGCGACCGUGGCGGGGCACGCGUCGCGCGCGAGCCUCGCGCCGACGGCGAAGGCCGUCAGGGACGUGCUGGCGCUGCUGGCGUCCGCCGACAUGUGA